CGGAUCCGAGCCGCCGGCCUGCUCCGCGCGCUGCUGCUCCAGCUCCUGCUCGCCGGCCGACGUCACGCCGACGAGGCCCCCACAAUCGCCACCAACAUCGCCCCCAGCCCUGAUACCAUGAAGACUUUGGGAAACAUUUUGGAACUUCUCACUCUAUUACUUGUCUUGCUAUACAUACAUAUACAUUGUUAUGGGCUGGGCGUAUUAUACAUACACGGUCCAACAGGCAGACAGCCACUCACAGCCAACAACAGCACAUGAUUGCAGGAUCCAGUUUAAUCAGAUAAACAGCAUCAAGAAGCACCUACUUAGUGAGUACUUACCAAGCAUUAAUCGCUUCUCGUCGAUCUUCCACCAGCGUACUACAUACCACCUCAACAGAUAUGGCAAUCCAGUCAUCAGCGACAUUGCGGCUGCUGCUGCUGCUAUCCGCCUCCAUGUCCAUCUCGGCCCUUGCGGCCGCAGAAGCCGACGAAGAAGCCGCACUGCUCGCGUUCAAGGCCGCAGCAACUUGCGGUGCCCAUGGCAGCGCACUUGCUUCGUGGAACAGCGGCAGCGCCGCCGCCGGCCGGUUCUGCAGCUGGGAGGGUGUUACGUGCGGGAGCAGGCACCGGAGAGUGGUGGCGCUGAACCUGGAUUCUCACAGGCUCGCCGGCGUGCUCUCGCCGGCGAUCGGGAACCUGUCGUUCCUCAGGACUCUCAACCUGAGCAAGAACGGGUUCACCGGGAACAUCCCCGCGAGCAUCGGCCGUUUGCGCCACCUGCAGACCCUCAACUUGAGCUACAACGCCUUCUCCGGUGAGCUCCCAGCCAACCUGUCCUCAUGCACUAGUUUAACAGUCAUGGCCCUCCAGUCCAACCAUUUCCAAGGAUACAUACCCCCAGAGCUCGGCGACAAACUAGUGCUCCUCAAGAGGCUCCACCUGCGGGAAAACAUCCUGAUUGGCACCAUUCCAACAUCACUUGGCAACUUGUCGUCACUAAGUUUCCUGGACCUUGCGUCCAACCAGUUCGAGGGUGCAAUCCCUACCAGCCUUGGUAGGAUCCAAGGCCUCCAGAUGCUUAACCUCGCCUUUAACAACCUCUCCGGGGAGUUCCCUGAAUCACUGUACAACUUGUCUUCGUUGCAAGUGUUGGAAACUCUAUCCAACAUGCUCCAUGGAGGCAUUCCUGCAGACAUCGGAAGUAGGUUCCCCAAUAUGAGGUUACUUACCCUUGCUGAUAACAACUUCACUGGAACCAUCCCUUCUUCUUUCUCCAACAUCACUUCUCUCCAAGCAUUAGACCUCUCUGUAAACAUGCUCAGUGGAUAUGUGCCUCCCACGCUUGGCAGGCUACCAGAACUGCAAGGUCUAUACUUGUACGGCAACAUGUUGGAAUCAGACAAAAUGCAGCUACAGGAAUUCAUCACAUCGUUGUCAUAUUGUAGUAAACUCCAGCUAUUGUUAGCAAUAAAUGCUGGUUUCUCUGGGCAACUGCCAGGUUCAGUAGUGAAUCUCUCAACAAGCCUCCACGUUCUCCGAUUUGAAUACACAAGUAUCUCCGGGACCAUCCCCUCAGCCAUCAGCAAUUUGGUCAACCUCAGAGUCUUCAUUUUAGGGGCUACUUCCAUAUUUGGAUCAAUCCCGAAGAGCAUUGGUGAACUGGCAAACUUGGGGUGGCUAGGUUUGUACCAAACUAACUUGUCAGGUCAAAUACCUUCAUCUAUCGGAAAUCUCUCGAAAUUAGUUAGCCUUCUUGCAUUCGACAGCAACCUGGAGGGACCGAUUCCAGCAAGCAUAGAGAACAUGACUAAUUUGUUGAAGCUCGAUCUAUCAAUGAACUGUCUGAAUGGUUCACUUCCCAAAGAGAUUUUAAUAUUGCCGGUAAUCUCUAUUUUCUUAAACCUAUCAUACAAUUCACUAUCAGGUUCCCUCCCUUCUGAAGUUGGCAGCUUUGGAAACCUUAACAGCCUGGUUCUGUCCGGAAACCAAUUUUCUGGUGAGAUACCAAAUACUAUUGGGGGAUGCGCUGUGCUUCAAGAACUUAGAUUGGACAAUAAUUUAUUCGAAGGAAGCAUACCUCAAUCUAUCAACAAUAUAAAGGGUCUGAGUGCACUCAACCUAUCCGUGAAUAGGUUGUCUGGUUCUAUUCCUAAUGCCAUUGGAAAUAUAAAUAACCUACAACAGUUGUAUCUAGCAUACAACAGUUUGUCAGGGCCGAUACCUUCAGUUCUGCAAAAUUUGACAUCACUAUCAAGGUUGGAUCUGUCGUUCAACAAUCUGGAAGGGGAAGUGCCCAAAGAGGGCAUUUUUAGAAACUUGACUAACCUGUCAAUUACUGGAAACAAUGAACUUUGUGGUGGAAUGCCUCAGCUUCAUUUAGCUCCAUGCCAAGUGAACACUGUGAAAAAGAAUAGAAAAGGGUGGUUAAAGUCCCUAAUAAUAGCUCUGACAACUAUUGGUGCAAUCUUUUUCUUAACUUUGGUUAUAGUUUCCGUUCAUAUCAUCUGUAUGAAGCUUAGACGAAAACAGCAUGGCCCAUUCCAACCACCAAUAGUUGAUGAACAGUAUGAAAGAGUUUCUUAUCAAGAAAUAGCAAAUGGAACCAAUGGAUUUUCAGAAGCCAAUUUGCUAGGUAAGGGAAGCUUUGGCAUGGUCUAUAAAUGCAAUUUUCAAGAUGAUGGACCUAUUGCUGCAGUGAAGGUUUUUAACCUUGAGCAAUCCGGAUCUACUAGAAGUUUUGUUGCUGAAUGUGAAGCGCUGAGAAGGGUGCGUCACCGUUGUCUCAUAAAAAUCAUUACAUGCUGCUCAAGCAUCAAUCACCAAGGCCAAGAGUUCAAGGCUCUGGUUUUCGAGUUUAUGCCAAAUGGUAGCUUAAGUGAUUGGCUUCAUCCAAAAUCUAGAAUGCCCACAUUGACCAAUACUCUCAGCCUAGCACAAAGGCUCGAUAUAUCUGUUGAUAUCACGGAUGCCUUGGAUUAUCUUCAUAGUCACUGUCAGCCAUCAAUCAUUCAUUGCGAUCUCAAGCCAAGCAACAUCCUUCUUGCAAAAGACAUGAGUGCCCGAGUUGGAGACUUCGGCAUAUCAAGAAUCCUUCCAGAAAGAGCAAGCAAAACCCUACAAAAGUUAAACAGCACAAUUGGAAUAAGAGGCUCCAUUGGCUAUAUUGCUCCAGAGUAUGGUGAAGGUUCUUCUGUUUCAGCUCUUGGAGAUGUUUAUAGCCUCGGCAUAUUGCUGCUUGAGAUGUUUACGGGAAGGAGCCCAACUGAUGACGUGUUCAGAGGAUCAUUGGAUCUGCACAAGUUUUCAGAGGACGCUCUUCCAGAGCGAAUCUGGGAGAUACUAGCUGAUCCGAAAAUCUGGCUUCAUGUACAGUCAAAGGACACCAUUACAAUGAGCAGAAUCAAAGAUUGCCUAGCAUCUGUCUUCAGGCUUGCCAUAUCCUGUUCAAAGCAACAUCCCUGGGACCGAAUGAUGAUGGGCAACGCAGCAGUAGAGAUGCACACAAUCAGAGAUUCAUACCUCAAGUUUUCCAGUGUGCUUGAGAUCAAAGACACCACUUCAACUCAUUUGUAAAAGCAAUGAUCACAGGUGAAUGUAG